GGCGUCGAAGGCCCAACAUCCCAAGGACACCGUCCAUUGCAAUCUCGCAUCUUCUGCGUCUUCUUCUUCCGUCGCCCGUGCCAACCAGGCGACGACGAAGCUCGAAGGCGAAUCAUCCAUCGCCGUAGAAGAUUUCGCCAUCAAUGACGCUCGGCGGUUCCGGUGGAUCCAGCGUCGUCGUUCCUCGGAACUUCAGAUUGCUCGAAGAGCUCGAACGUGGAGAAAAGGGCAUAGGAGAUGGAACUGUAAGCUAUGGUAUGGAUGAUGGAGAUGACAUUUAUAUGCGAUCCUGGACUGGGACAAUAUUAGGUCCUCAUAAUACUGUCCAUGAGGGCCGCAUCUAUCAACUCAAGUUGUUCUGCGACAAAGACUAUCCCGAGAAACCGCCUAAUGUCCGUUUCCAUUCCCGCAUCAACAUGACUUGUGUCAAUCCUGACACUGGAAUGGUUGAUCCAAGGAAAUUUGCAGUUCUAGGGAACUGGCAACGGGAUUACACAAUGGAGCAUAUCUUGGUACAACUUAAAAAGGAAAUGGCUGCAUCGCAUAAUCGCAAACUGGUUCAACCUCCAGAGGGCACCUACUUCUGAGACAAUCGAUUUGAAGCACGAAGACACUAGUACGAAGGUGACUAUCAGCGUUCGCCUAAUCACUGAACUGCACCUUCGAUAUUUCGUGUCACGUAACAUACUUUCCAUAUAUAUUUCAGUGUAGAUUGUCAUAAAAUUUGACCACAGUGAAUUGCUAUAAUCUUAUUGUGGAACUGUGUGCUUUGUCGACCUUUUCUUUUGUGAAAAAGAAUCAAACAGUCUCUUAGUAUGUUGGAGAACUACCCAGACUUUUGUUGACAUAA